AUGAAAGACGAAGCUAUUAGGAGAUUAAAACCGUUCGAACUAAUUCUUCAAAAAGAAUUAAUGGAUUUAGACGAAAUUGAAGGGGUGAAAUUAUUCCAAAUUGACGAUACCGAUUUAAAAGAAAUUGGAAUAUCGAUAACACCAAAGGAUAGUUAUUUUAGGAAUAAAACCGUUGAGUUUCUCAUAAAAUUUAAGGAUAGUUAUCCGAUUACUCCACCCAAAAUUACCUGUCUCAGCAAGAUAUUUCACCCAAAUAUUGAUGAAAACGGAAAUGUUUGUUUGAAUAUUUUAAAGCUUGAAUGGAACCCAAUUAUAAAUUUACAAAUGUUAAUAUUAGGAUUACUUCUGUUGUUAAAUGUAUUAAUUUAUGUGUCGAAUACUGAUGAGAACAAUUUUGCUUUAUGCAUUAUCCACGCUAUUUUGUUUUUAUCUGAGCCCUCAACGGAUGAUCCUUUCAACAAAUCAGCAGCGGAAGUAUUUAAAAAUGACAAAAUAAUAUUUCAACAAAUAAAUAAUUCUUUAUUCCAGGGGAAAUAA